UGGUGGCGGGGCCGGCCGGAGCGGGGCGGCGGCUCCGGGCGCUGCCCUGACCGAGCUCCACCAUGAGCGUGAGGCCUCCGCAGGCCCCGGACAGGUUGAGCAGCCUCUCCUCGUCCCUGGGCGAGGCCCCCGCGGAGCGAAGGGCGCCCGGGCACCCGCGGCCGCCCCCGGACAGCGGCGACAGCACAGGGCUGGUGCAGCGCUGUGUGAUCAUCCAGCGGGACCAGCAUGGCUUCGGCUUCACCGUCAGCGGCGACCGCGUGGUGCUCGUGCAGUCCGUGCGGCCCGGUGGGGCUGCCAUGAGGGCCGGCGUGCAGGAGGGCGACCGCAUCCUCAAGGUGAACGGGACGAUGGUGACCAACAGCUCCCACCUGGAGGUGGUGAAGUUGAUCAAGUCCGGCGCCUACGUGGCGCUGACCCUGCUGGGGUCCCCGCCCGGAGCCGCGGCGGCCCCGGGGUCCCAGCCCGAGCCCGAGCCCCCGGGGGGUCCCCAGGGGCCCCCCCAGCGCAUCACGGAGCCGCGGCCCCUGCAGGACCCCGAGGUGCAGAAGCACGCGGCGCAGAUCCUGCGCAACAUGCUGCGCCAGGAGGAGGCCGAGUUCCAGCGUUUCCAGGAGCUGCUGCAGCGGCAGCCGGGCGCGGGCGCGGCGCUGGAGGAGCAGCUGGAGGGGGCGCGGCGCCGGCUGAGCCAGCUGCAGCUCAAGGUGCUGCAGGAGACCAGGGGCACGUCCCCGGAUUUGGGCCCCUCCCGGCCCCUGGAGGGGUCCCCGCAGCUCCCGGGGCGCCUCCCCGGGGACCCCCAGGACGGGAUCGCGGGGCCCGAGGAGCGGGGCCCGGCCCCGACAGAGGUGUCCCGGAAUUCCGGCUUCUCCCAGCCCGGCAGCCCCCGGAGCUCCCCCGUGCUCGGCUCCCGCCUCCCCUCGGACCCGGGCUCGGGGAGGCCCCAGAUCAUCGGGCCCGAGGAGGAUUGCGAGCCCGGGAGCGGCAGCAGCGAGAGCGAUUCCGUGUUCCAGGAUUUGGGAAUUCUCAAAUCCCGCCCGGCCCACCUGGGCGUUUUCCUGCGGUUCCUCUUCUCCCAGGCCGAUCCCACUCCUCUGCUGUUCCACCUGUGCUCGGAGGUUUGCUGCCAGCAGAGCCCCCGGGACGGGCGCGCCCUGGGCAGGGACAUCUGGAACGUCUUCCUGGACAGGGCCGCGCCCCUGCGGGUGAAGCUGCCGGAGCCGCUCCUGGCCGAGAUCGAGCUGCGGCUGCGGAACGGGGACGAGCUGCGGCCGGCGCUGCUGGAGGCGCAGGAGUCGGUGAUCCCGGAGAUCCAGGAGCAGCUCCAGGACUACAGGACGAAGCGCACGCUGGGGCUGGGCAGCCUCUACGGGGAGAACGAGCUGCAGGAGCUGGAGCUGGGGAACGGCCCCCGGGAGCCGCGGGAGCGCCGGGACAGGGAGAGACAGCUGGCGGAGCGGCAGCUGGGGCACCUGGGGGACAUCCUCUCCAAGUACGAGGAGGAGCGGAGCUCUCCCAUGGCCUUCGCCCUCAGCACGUUCAUGGCCCACGCCGGGAUCCGGCCCCGGGAAUUUCGGGAAUUUCGGGAACCGCGGGAAGCGCGGGAAUGCCGCAACCCCGAGAAGCUGCCGGACAAGGACAAGUGGCUGCCCUUCUUCCCCAAGGCCAAGAAGGUGCGGACGGACGGACGGACGGACGGACGGACGGCCCCCAGUUCCCGGCAAUUCCCGGGAAUCUGCACCCAAAUCCGGGGAAACUGA